ACUCCGGCGAGUUCUGUUUUCCAAGUGGACCACUCUAAAGGCCAGCAAUUGGAAACAUGAACAUUCUCAUUGUCCUUGUGGUGGUAUCCGUGUUCCUAAACUUUAUUGAAGCAGCCCCGAACGUGGAUAUUUCAAAUGAAGAACUAAUGGAUGGAAAAUAUCUUUGCGAAGCUGGCUCAAAGAAGUACGAAGGAUCCUUUAUAGUAAGAUUGAUUUCCGCUGCAAAUGGACAAUCAGUCGUUUGCUACGAGUGCAGCCCGUCUGAUUUUAAAGCGAAGUACUCUGUGAAACCCUGCGGAGAUCGGUUUAUGCCUGGAAAGAUGGGAGCAAGUCACCACAGAGACUUGGUUCCGUACCUGGUCAGAAUGGACCCGGUGUACAGGGACACCUGGAACAGUAAACUGAAAAGAAACUUCGAUGAGAUCGACAAGGCUUCCGCCAGCUUCAGCAUUCUCAACCAACUCGUCUAGUAAUACACGUCCAAGCCACUGUAAACGCUCAAGAACACGGACACCGCUAAAAUCACGAAUAUACUCUUAAAAUGCUUCAUGUCAAGGGAUUAUAGAAAAUAAAAAACGUGCAUCCUCAUACCUACUAUCAAUAAAAUGACCAUGUUCUGUUA